UAUUUUUCCUUCCUUUCUCUAUUUAUUUAUUAUUUAUUCAGUAUGACGGUUAGCGACUUGAUGCAGCCAAUAGAUCAACAGCAUUGCAUUAUAUCUAACACAUUACAAUCAAAUUCAUCUUGGUUUCCAAACAUAAAACAUCCAGGCCAAAACAUUAAAGACGAUAUCGUGUAUUCUUCUGAAGAAGAUAACGACAGUGAAGAAGAGUAUAAUCAAGCUAUUUGUGCAUGUGGAAAAAAGUUAUCAGCUGGCUGGAACUGUAGUCACUGCAGAAGUAGCUGUUCAACUUGUCAUAGAGCUUUGGCACCAGAAGAAGAGUGUAGUAGGUGCGCUAAUUACCAUUAAUUCAUUCAUCACCCCCCAUGUUUCCGCCUCUUUUGCAUCCACGUAAAUUAUGCCAAGAAAAAAUUCAGCUCAAGUAGUUUUCAUAUCAACACUGCAUGAUGGAAUCCUUUUAUGGAAAAGACAU